AUGACAAAACGUAAAAAAAAAGCACAACAAGAAGAUUUCAAAAAACAAAAAUUAAAAGUUGGUAAAGCCAAACCAAAGGCUAGCAAUUUUACUAACACCUCAUUUAAAUCACGAGCAAUAUCAUUACCAAAUCAAAGUAUCACUGAAGAUAAGUCGAAUCUAAUAACUAAUACAAGAAAACUAUCAUUAAAUGAAUUGCUAACGCAAUUAAGACAUUAUAAUUCUAGAACAAGAAAAGAUGCAAUUCAGGGUCUUGGGGAUCUUUUUCAUGCAUAUCCAAAUAUAUUAUCGCAUUCGUUAUCCAUCUCAAUAAAUUCACUUGUUCGAUUAAUUUCCGAUGAAGAUAGGAUAGUGAGGAAAACAUUAGUAUCAUUUUUUAAUGAAUUUAUUCCUAAAGUGGAGAAAGCAGAAUUAAGACCAUUUAUUCCACUUCUUAUCUUAUUCACAUGUUCUGCAAUGUCCAGUAUACAUGAAGAUAUACGUAUAGAUUCCAUUAAAUUUAUGAAUAUAUGGCUUACGUUAGCACCUGAUAUUGUAGUAGAUCAAUUCUGGGAAAAGGUUUUGCCUAAUUAUAUAAGCCUUUUGAGUAACGAUUCAAAUUUGUCAAGUAAUAAUAACAUAAAUAUGAUGAAUAUCGCAAAUUUUGAUUUUAGUUUAUCAAAAUCUUUAUUUAAUAAUCAUGGAAAAUUUUGGUCUAAUGAAGUUAGUGAUAGUGAUAAUAAUAAACGUUCAAAAAAUACUUUUUUAAAAUCUGAAUCAAACAAUGGAAUAUCGACAGUAGUAGACUUAACCCAACAAAAUAAUAAUCAAGAUAAUGAUUUAGUUGUACAACCACCACCACAUCCACUAACACAAACUUUACUUCCAUAUUUAUAUUCUUCUAAUGAAAGUUGUAGUGGUGGUGGUAAUCAUUAUCAAGAUACUUCAACUGUUAUAGGUCGUGUCAAUGAUUUAAAGAAUCAAUUAAAUAUUCUACAUUCAAUACUUCUAUCAUUAUGGUUAGACACUGUUCCAUCAGUAUUUAAUUCAACUUCAACUAUUAGUUAUUCGUCGCCUGCACUCCAAAUGUUACUUUUAGUAUUAAAAACUAUAAAUUUAUUAUGGAAAGCUUAUUUCAUUAAAAUGAAUCAAGAUUCGACAGAUAAACAAUUUAUUGAUUUUAAUCUAAAACAAAUUCUUAAACAUUUUUUGAUUUAUUUUCCAUUUGGGUCAAAAUCUUCUUUAAGAAAUGAUUCAAAGCAGGAAGAUGAAGAUAGCGAAGAAGAUGAUUGCGAUGAUUAUUCCAUGAAAUCCUCUUUUUCAACUUCGUCAUUAAUGAUCAUUUCCUCAAUAAAUCAAGAAUUAAAAGCCGAACAUUUAACAUCUUUAUUAUCUACAAUAUGGUGUUUGCUUAAUCAUUUAGCUAAUAACAGUGAUAGCAAUGAUAACAAGGAUAAAAAUGAUAAAAAAACAAAAAUAUUUCAAGCAUUAAUAAAUUCUUUUGAAAAUAUUCCAGAUUAUAAAGGAACAUUUCGUAUUACUAAAAACUCAUCUUUAAACCAAAUAAUUCAUCUUUGGGCAUUAAAUUUACCAAAACUAUUAUGCGAAUUGAGAUUAAAUAAUCUUGAAAUUACAAAGAAUAUUCUUAAUAUUUUGUGCGAGUUUGCUAAACGGGGAGGUAAAGGAAUAUUUAAUGAAGAUAUAUUAUUACAAAUACAAACGGCAUUUGUUCCGUUCUUAUACAUAAAUUCUCCGCCACUAUCAUCCAAUUCAUCAUCAUCAAAUAAUUAUGGGCCAUUUAUAUCAUUGCCGGAAUCACUUCAACGUAAAACAAUUGAAUUUAUUUUUCAUUGUUCAAAAAUUUCCGAUGAAAUAAUUUACUCUUUAGAACAAAUAUUUAUUAAACAUUGUAAUAAAGAUAUUGUUAGUUUAGCGAUUAGAAAUUAUGCAAAUUGUUUAUUGAAAAAAA